UUUCAAGCACCGGUAUAGAUAUAGAUCCUAUUAUUUGACAAUUGAUAUUGACAUUUUGAAUAUGACGUGUUUACAAAUCAAAUAAAAACAACAAAUCAGCUAUUUUUUAUAUCAAUGGUAAAAAAAUGUGAUUUGUAUGAAAAAAUCUGGUUAAAAAAUGUAUUCUUUGGUUUAUGGUUUUUACAAACAUAUGGUACAAAAAGACGAAUUCUGUGUUUUAAUAUUGGGCCUUGAUAAUGCAGGAAAAACGACUUACUUAGAGGCUGCAAAAACGAAACUCACAAAGAACUAUAGUGGAAUACAUCCCACAAAAAUUACAACAACUGUUGGACUCAAUAUUGGCAAGGUAGAUGUGGCUGGAAUAAGGCUAAACUUUUGGGACUUAGGAGGGCAAAAUGAAUUGCAAUCUCUAUGGGACAAGUAUUAUGAGGAAUCGCAUGCAAUAAUCUAUAUUGUCGAUUCAUCAGAUAGAGAAAGAAUGGAUGAAUCCAAAGAUAUCUUCGAUAAGAUGAUAGCUAGCGAAAAUUUAAAAGGAAUACCUCUACUAGUAUUAGCUAAUAAACAAGAUAUACCUGAAUGUAUGGGUGUAAGAGAAGUUAAACCAAUAUUUAAUAAAAAUUCUCAUUUGAUUGGUAAGAGGGAUUGUAUGGUGAUGCCAAUUUCAGCAUUGACAGGUGAUGGUGUAGAUGAAGGAAUUAGGUGGUUAGUGGACUGUAUAAAAAGAAAUGCGUAUUUGAGGCCUCCUAGAAAUCAAGAAGAAAUGUAAUUUAUCUACGACACAGACUGGAUUAACUAUAGUAAAUUUAAUUUAAAUAUUACUUUUUCUGUUAUUAUUCUUAGGUUUCAUUAAAUUUUUAUUAAAAAAUUAUUAAUACAUUACAGAAGGUGGAC